AUGUUUGCCAAAAUCAUCUUUUUCCUGGCGCUGAUCGUAGCGGCGGUCUACGGUAAGCCCGUGUUCCCGGUGGCCUACUCCUCGCCCCUCCUGGCAGCCCCGUCAGUUGCGGUGGCCUCUCCGUUUGCCACUCCGUUCGCCGCAGCCUACACCGCCGGUCCCGUGGCCGCGGCCUACACUGCGUCACCGUAUGCGUACAGUGCGUAUCCCUACGCUGCCUACGGUUCGCUGGUUCUGUAG